AUUUUCGCGUCAUGCUGGCCGCUGCGCAUGCGCAUUGUCUUUCUGCCGGCUUUCCCUUGUCACCCAAGAUGGCGGACCGAGCUGAACUGGAGAAGGCUCUAACACUGCAGGGAGAGAAAGUGAGGAAGCUAAAGCAGGAGAAGGCUUCCUCUGAGGCGAUUGCUGAAGAAGUUGCAAAGUUACUGGAGCUAAAGGCACAGUUGGGAACAGAUGAUGGAAAACACAAGUUUGUACUUAAGACGCCAAAGGGCACCAGGGAUUAUAACCCUAAACAGAUGGCCAUUCGAGAGAAGGUUUUCAACACAAUUAUCAAGUGCUUCAAGCGUCACGGUGCUGAGACUAUCGAUACUCCUGUGUUUGAGCUGAAGGAAACGCUUACAGGCAAAUAUGGAGAAGACUCCAAGCUUAUUUAUGACCUCAAAGAUCAAGGAGGAGAGCUGCUCUCGUUGCGCUAUGAUCUUACUGUGCCUUUUGCCCGGUACUUGGCUAUGAAUAAAAUUACCAACAUUAAGCGUUACCACAUUGCUAAGGUUUACCGAAGAGACAACCCAGCCAUGACCAGAGGGCGCUACCGAGAGUUCUACCAAUGUGAUUUUGACAUUGCCGGCCAGUUUGACCCCAUGAUUCCUGAUGCAGAGUGUCUGAAGAUUGUACAUGAGAUACUCAGUGAGCUGGAUUUGGGGGAGUUUCUUAUCAAGGUGAAUGACAGAAGGAUAUUGGAUGGCAUGUUUGCAGUUUGUGGUGUACCAGAUAGUAAAUUCCGUACAAUUUGCUCUUCGGUGGACAAGCUUGACAAGUCUCCAUGGGAGGAAGUAAAAAAUGAAAUGGUGGGAGAGAAGGGGCUUGCCCCUGAAGCUGCUGACCAGAUUGGAGGCUACGUUCAGCGUAAUGGGGGAUUGGAUCUCAUAGAGCAGCUGAUAAAGGAUCCCAAACUGUCCCAAAAUAAGCUGGCCAUUGAAGGAUUGAACGAUAUGAAGACCCUUUUUGAGUUCCUGGAACUAUUUGGAGUUACUGAUAAGGUUUCAUUUGACUUGAGCCUGGCCCGUGGAUUGGACUAUUACACGGGUGUCAUUUAUGAAGCAGUCCUGGUACAGAAUCAAGGAGUGGCUCAGCAGCAGAAUGACCACGUGGAGGAGUCAGUCAGUGUUGGCAGUGUUGCAGGAGGAGGCCGCUAUGAUGGAUUAGUGGGAAUGUUUGAUCCCAAGGGGAGGAAAGUUCCAUGUGUUGGAGUCAGUAUUGGAAUUGAGAGGAUAUUUUCCAUUAUGGAACAGAAAGCAGAGGCUUCAGAAGAGAAAAUCCGGACCACAGAGACACAAGUGCUUGUUGCCGCUGCCCAGAAAAAACUCCUGGAAGAAAGAAUGAAAUUAAUAUCUGAGCUAUGGAAUGCUGGGAUCAAGGCAGAAAUGCUGUACAAGAAAAACCCAAAGUUACUCAAUCAGCUACAGUACUGUGAAGAAUCAGGCAUUCCACUAGUGGCAAUUAUUGGGGAGCAAGAGCUGAAGGAUGGGGUGGUGAAGCUGAGAGUGGUUGCGACAAGAGAAGAGGUUGACGUUGCCAGACAGAACUUAGUAGAAGAAAUUCACAAGAGAACCAAGAUAUUAUAAGAAUGGAUUGUCAGGCGAAAUGUAGUCCCUUCAGCACCUGACACACCCUUGUCUGUGUUAUUGGUGCUACAUAUAUUGUAUUGUAUGUGCUGCAAGACACUGGCUAAUACAACCACAAUUGCCUUAAUGCAAGUUGCUCUUCAGUGACACACGUUGCUACUUUCACAGGCUGUAGGUAAAUGUUUCUGUGUUUAAAAAGGAUCAUAUGCUACUUGGCAGUGCCAUGUGUUGGGUGCCAAGGUUUGGGGUACAGAGAUUUUUUUACAUCAGAAAAUCGGAAGGUUGCAACAUAUUCCUGCCUAUAAGAGCAAGUUGUAUUUUUUUGCAUCAGUGGUCACUUCAAAUCCUCAUAUCCCAAAAAUGUUUUGUUGGUAGCUGCAAAGCCAUGCAUGCAUGGUAAUACCCAAAGUAAAUAUUACCAUGUUUCAUUAUUACUAGGGUAUAAGGUGAAGUAGUGUUGGGGCACAUGUGAACAAAAUUCAGUUGGACAUCCACUGUUACCAAAUAGCAUUUCUAUCCAUGAAUUCUAUAGUAGCCACUUAACUGUUAACUGUCAUUUAAAUAAUAGGAAAUCUUUUUCAUUAUAUAACAGCUACUGUAUAUUAAAUAACAGCUUAGUGAGCCCUUUCCAGUGUCUUAUAAAAGUAAAAUUCUAUUGUAGCAUAUUUUGCAUGGACUUUGGUCUCAACAGACUUCCAUUAUCACUCAAAUUGGUAAAAAAAACAGCCGUUCUUAAAGGGCAAGUCAAAACUUAAAAUAAAAAUUUGCCUAAUAAAAGAAAACUAUCUAAGCAACAUUCCAAUAUACAUUCAUUACAAAUUUUCAGUGGUUUUAAAGAUAUUUGUUAAGCCAAUGCUGCUUCAAUAUCAAUUGUUUUAACUCCCAGUUGUUACUUUUUAAACAAAUUUGCAAAAGUCUUGGUUCCCCAGCAAAGACAGGUCUGUUAUUCAACUGCCUUGUCUUACAUUGUAUCAACAGUCUUAGACAUCGGGACAAGGAAUAGAAAGAGACAAACACUGCUUUCAAUAGCAAUACAUAUACAAAUAACUUAAAAAACAUAGAAAGUUUCUAAUUAAUGUAUAUUGCCAAGUUGCUUAGAAUAAGGUUUUCUUUGGUUAGGAUUUUUUUUUAUUUUGGGGUUUACUUGCCCUUUAACCAUUUUAAAAAGAAGGAAAGAAACUGGAGUUUUCAUCAAACUGAACGACCCCCACUUUAACAACUUGUGGUAGAAGGUUACUGGGUAAAGGCCUAUGAUGAUUUGACAAAUAGAAGAAAAGAACUUUAUUUCAACUUGUUAAAAGCAAACAUCAUCCUGACGAGUUUCGUAGCAGAUGAUACAUAGGCAUAGGACGUGGCGUGCUCGUCGAGAUUUCUUCUAUUUGCAAUUCACCAUCAGGUACUGGUUAGGGGCGAUGCACCAGAGCUACUCAUUUCAUCUGGUGAGGGCUCCUUCCCCAUGCUAUCCUUAUAUAUUGUUUGAAUCACUGCUUAUCCAAGAGUAGCAUCAAAGUUAACCGCUCUUCUUUGAGAUAAUUCAAGUAGCGAGUCUAUAUUCAGUAUAGAGUUAACUUCAUGCAGCUAUUUAAGCUGAAAGUUGAGCAUACCAAACUGAGCGUUUUUCCCUAUAAUUUUCCUAUGAUGAUUUUACCACUAACACUUGCACAGGCUUUAAUAGCGAUGAUCAAAUGUCUAUCAGCUUGUCCCCACUUCCCAAACGAAUCAAUAGAAAACAGGCUGCCUAAUGCAGAUUUGGCAGUGGCAGGAGGAUCACUUAGAAGUUCAGUAUUCAGCAUUCCCAAGUGUUGUCACUUCCAUGUCUGCCUUUGGGCAGUGUGUUUCCCAACAUAUUUUGUUCAUGCCAAGACUCCCCAUGAGCCACUCCCCUAAUAGUGGGUACAAUAAUACUGACUGCAUGCCAUACAGCAAUGUCUGAAUGGGAAAACAUGUAUCGGACCAUUUGUUGUAUCAAGUAUGGGACUGAUUGUAACAUUGCCUGUGAUCCCUUAUUAUUUAUAAACAGCAUUGUACAUUUUGUAGUUGUCAUUGAGCAAAGGGACGUGCAUAUAAUAAAGAUAAUGCCAUGUAAAGCUUG